GCGGCGUUCUUAUGCUCAUAUACCGGAUUUCGAGCCGACAGAGCUUAGAGUUGGUCAGCAAGCGUUUGUCGCUAGCUAUUAUUCAACCUUCUCUGAACAUCCCAAUACUGUUAUUAAUACAGAAUCACUUAAUCUUACAAAUAGACACCUAUACGGUGUACGAGAAGGGCCUAAAAAGUGGAUAUUCGGUGUUAUGUAUCGUGCUCUCCCUUUCCAUUAUUCAAGCCUUCAGUCCAGUGUGUUUAUUCUCGGGAUCGAGGGAUUCACGUCCGGUGUCGUUCGAUCAGCAAAUGGACGCGUCACUCGCAGCGCUGACGCAGUUUCUCCACGAGUUUAAGCCAGUGACGGACUCCGUCGAGGUUCAUGAGAGCGACCUGUUGUCAACUAGCAAUAAAGACCAGUUAAGUCAUGAGGUUGGCCGACGCUGUCCAGUUCGAAGUGGUAAUUCUGGUGCGACCUCGAGACCGGCUCGGCCACGACCUGGGAUGGAUUCGCCUGGGUGCCGACGCGAGAUUCGUUCCGCGCUGGCUGCCAAGCGACAGAGUCGGUAUUUGACGAAAGUGAAGGAGGAGAGGAGGAUGCUGAGGACUGAAGUGGUCGAGCUGUCUGCAGUAUUGGAUCGGCUUCAGAAAGCUCAAGCACGCGCAAACGCUUUGGCGGCAAGUGACCUCGCGUUAUCGGCAUGGAGGACCACCGCCAUCCGCCAGAAGGAGCGGAGACUCGAGUCCGAGGCCAAACAGCGACAACUGAAAGCUCUUGUCGCCAAUCAAUCUCGACUGAUCCACAGCAUGAACGAGAUACUGCAAGAGCGCAUGCUUUGCAGUUCGAUAACUUCGACUGAGCUGCUCCCAUCGGGCAUGACAAUACUAUUCAAGACGCUAAUGCAAGAACUUAAUCCACUGCAUGCUAUGACGAACGAGGUCUCUGCUGGCGUGGAGUUCAAGUUGUCAUCUCUACCGAUGCAGUUCGCGAUGUACCGGGAUUGGAAUCACGACAUGACGUUCCUGGAGAGCGCUCAUGCGACUGUAGUUCCGUUUGGGUUUGACGAGACUUGCCACGCGCUAUCGGAUGCACUGCUGACAAAUUUCAGACGAGAUGGCUACACCAACGGAAUCGUAGACCCUGAGAACACAAGAGCCUUCAAGUACAACGUGGAUUUUUCGCAGGAAUUGGGCGACAGUGCCACUUUAGACAUCCAUCUGAUGGUGAGGAGAUACAUGGAGGCUGACAGAGUUGUUUUUGUGAGUCGUGCCCUCACUGAGGGCCAGGGCGAGUUUAAGGGCCUCUACACUGAUGAAACCGCGUGGUAUGUGCUUCGUAAAUCAGCCAAUGCGAGCGAAGGCAACGCCUUGGUAUUAGAGACCUACACCCGGUUGAUACCUGUUGGAUUCGACUUGACAUCGGAGACUGAUGAGCGUGGGCAUGAGUUUGUGAAAGUGCUUGUCAAGGCAGACGACGAAGACGUAGACGAUAUUAUGGAGAUGUUCAAGCAGAUGCUACUCGACGAAACGCAGGCUAUGUGUCUUUAAGACCUAGAACAAGAAAAAAAAUGUCUGUGAACAAGAAAAAAUGUCUGUACUUAACUGUAAUAAUCCCUUUCACUUCUAUCCGAUUAUCACCAA